AUGCAUGCUUCUCUUAUGCCAACACCAGCAUUUGUGAGUUCUUUACUAUGUGUCUUGAGCUGUUUUUGGUUGUGUCCUGAGGUUGCAGUUACAACAAAUGCAGGCAUUAAUACAAGGCAUUACAAGUUCAAUGUAAGGUUGCAAAAUGUAACCAGAUUGUGUCACACAAAGAGCAUGCUGACUGUGAAUGGAAAAUUUCCAGGGCCUCGCAUUGUUGCUCGAGAAGGUGAUCGUAUACUGGUGAAGGUGGUGAAUCAUGUUCCGAAUAAUGUCAGCAUCCAUUGGCAUGGAAUCCGACAAAUUCGGAACGGAUGGGCAGAUGGACCAGCAUAUAUAACUCAGUGCCCCAUUCAAACCGGCCAGACCUAUGUCUACAACUUCACCACUGUUGGCCAGAGAGGCACUUUCUUCUGGCAUGCCCACAUUUCUUGGCUAAGAGCUACCCUUUAUGGACCAGUUAUCAUCCUCCCCAAGCGCCAUGUCUCCUACCCUUUUCAGAAACCCUACAAAGAAGUCCCCAUUACAUUCGGUGAGUGGUGGAAUGUUGAUCAGGAGGCGGUUAUUAGCCAGGCACUACAGAGUGGAGGAAGUCCAAAUGUCUCCGAUGCAUACACCAUUAAUGGCUUCCCUGGACCACUGUACAAUUGUUCUGAAAAUGAUACAUUUAAGCUAAGGGUUAAGGCAGGGAAGACAUAUCUCCUCCGUUUGAUCAACGCUGCACUGAAUGAUGAUCUCUUUUUCGGGAUAGCAAAUCACACCCUCACGGUGGUUGAAGCUGAUGCAAUAUAUGUCAAGCCAUUUGAAACAGACAUUGUCCUCAUUACACCAGGACAAACCACCAAUGUGCUCCUCAAGACCAAACUCAAUCCACCUAGUGCCACUUUCUUAAUGGCGGCUAGACCAUAUUUCACCGGUCGUGGCACCUUCGACAAUUCCACAGUUGCCGGAGUUCUUGAAUACGAAAACCAAUCUGGUUCAUCUUCUCCGAAAGGUCUUUUACUCCCAAGCCUCCCACCAAUCAAUGCUACCUCAUUCGCCGCGAAUUUCAGUAACAAGUUUCGGAGUUUGGCCAAUUCUCAAUUCCCUGCUAAAGUGCCCCAAACUGUCCGAAAGCGGUUUUUCUUCACCGUAGGCCUUGGAACCACCCCGUGCCCCAAAAACCAAACUUGUCAAGGACCUAAUAACAACACGAGAUUAAAAUUUGCUGCUUCGGUCAACAACAUCUCCUUUGUUCUGCCUACGAGAGCACUCCUUCAGUCCCAUUUCUUUGGGCAGUCCAAAGGGGUUUAUGCCACAGAUUUCCCAAACAACCCUCUAAUGCCAUUCAACUAUACUGGGACACAGCCCAAUAACACCAAUGUGGUCAAUGGGACCAAGGUGGUGGUGCUUCCAUUUAACACCACUGUUGAAGUGGUUUUGCAGGACACUAGCAUUCUUGGGGCUGAAAGCCACCCUUUCCAUCUUCAUGGCUAUAACUUCUUCGUCGUCGGCCAAGGGUUCGGAAACUUUGAUCCUAACAAGGACCCUCCCAACUUCAACCUUGUUGAUCCCGUGGAGAGGAAUACAAUUGGUGUGCCGUCUGGUGGAUGGCUGGCCAUUCGGUUUCGAGCUGACAACCCAGGGGUUUGGUUCAUGCACUGUCACUUCGAAGUUCAUAUAAGCUGGGGGUUGAAGAUGGCAUGGGUAGUCUUGGAUGGGAAGCUGCCCAAUCAGAAGCUGCUUCCUCCACCGUCUGAUCUUCCCAAGUGUUAAGACCUUUUACUGAGAAUCUGAGAAUCUUCCUCUAAGGAUUUACCUUUGCCAUGGCUUUUUCUUUUUUUUAAUAAUUCUUCUUCAUUUUCCUUUUCUGUAUGUUUUAAUUUUAAUGUGACAAAGAUUCAUAGAGAAGUGUCGUUAAAAGUCAACUUCACUACCGAGUUGGUUGGUUGAUUGUUUGUUUGUGUUGCUUUUCACAAUAUUCCGCAAGAGUCGAUUGUGAAUAAAGAGAAGAAACUUGUGGAGGCGGUUUUGUAUCAUUCAGGAGUUGUGGGAAGUUUAAUCACACUCUCUCUCUUUAA